AACUCUGUUACAAAACAAGCGCUGCUCCCGGAGUUAAGAACACGACUCUAUUUGUUGAGGUUUCCUUUUUUUCCCCUCUCCCCCCACCCCCCCUUCUUCCCUUUGAAUGAAAUUCCUGCCAGCUCUGAGGGAGAGAGAGAGGGAAAGAGCAGGAGGUUUGACUCCUCCCAUCGGAGCGCCUCACGCCCCUGCCCAGCCCUUGAAACCCAAUAACCAAAAUCAUCCAACAAUGCCUUCCCUUCCCCGGCUGCAUCCCCACCGCUCUCCCCAUUGCCGCAGGUCGGGCUCCCGGUGACGGAGCGCCUCGGGGCGUCCCCUCGGUGCAGCUCUCAAGGUGGGGUUGAUCUCCCCCCCGGCUCCCCACUGCUUGCAACGAGCUGAGGAUGGAGCGCUUCAUCUUCUGGGGCGUUCUGCUGGCGUGCUGUGCCCACAUCCGAGAGGCAGAGCCGGGCGCUGCGCCCUCGUGUCCGGCGCAGUGUCACUGCGAGCAGGACGGCAUCGUGCUGUCGGUGGAUUGCUCCGAGCUGGGGCUGCCCGAGGUCCCCUCCGCCCUGAGCCCUCUGACCGCCUACCUGGAUCUGAGCAUGAACAACAUCAGCCAGCUGCAGCCCAGCGCCUUCCGCCGCCUGCAGUUCCUGGAGGAGCUGCGCCUCUCUGGAAACCAAAUCUCCAGUAUCCCAGGGGAAGCUUUCUCUGGCCUCUACAGCCUGAAGAUUCUGAUGCUGCAGAACAAUCAGCUGAGUCGCAUCCCUGCAGAGGCACUGAGAGAUCUUCCAAACCUCCAGUCUCUACGCCUGGAUGCCAACCUCAUCUCCGUGGUGCCCGAGGAGAGCUUUGAGGGGCUGCAGUCCCUGCGGCACCUCUGGCUGGAUGACAACGCGCUGACAGAGAUCCCGGUCCGAGCGCUGAACCGCCUCCCAGCACUGCAGGCCAUGACGUUGGCGCUCAACCAGAUCUGGCACAUCCCUGAUUACGCCUUCCAGAACCUCAGCAGCCUCGUGGUGCUGCACCUUCACAACAACCGCAUCCAGCACCUGGGGGCCAACGGCUUUGAUGGGCUGCACAACCUGGAGACGCUGGAUCUCAAUUACAAUGAGCUGCUGGAAUUCCCGGGGGCCAUUCGGACACUGGGCCGACUGCAGGAGCUCGGUUUUCAUAACAACAACAUCAAAGCUAUCCCAGAGAACGCAUUUGUUGGGAAUCCCCUUCUCCAAACAAUACAUUUUUACGACAACCCCAUCCAGUUUGUUGGACAGUCUGCCUUCCAGUACUUGCCAAAGCUACACACUCUGUCUCUCAACGGUGCAACAGACAUCAGAGAAUUCCCAGACCUAAAAGGCACCACCAGCCUAGAAGUUUUGACGCUGACCCGGGCAGGCAUCUGCCUCCUCCCCAGAGCUGUGUGCCAGCAGCUGCCCAACCUCCGCGUCCUAGAGCUGUCAUACAACAAAAUUGAAGACCUGCCCAGCUUCCACCGGUGCCAGCGGCUGGAGGAGCUUGGUCUCCAGCACAACAGAAUCCAUGAAAUCAAAGCAGACACCUUUGUGCAGCUGACAGCCCUGCGCUCCAUAGACCUGAGCUGGAAUGACAUCCAUUUCAUUCACCCUGAUGCCUUUGUGACGCUACGCUCACUCACCAAGCUGGAUCUGUCAGACAACCAUCUGGCAGCGCUGCCACUGGGCGGAUUGGGCAGCCUGACCCACCUGAAGCUGCAGGGCAACCCAGCUCUCUCUGAGCCCUUUGCUGAGGACAGCUUUCCCAAAUUAAGAGUCCUUGAGGUACCUUACGCCUACCAGUGCUGCGCCUAUGGAAGCUGCGGUGGAUACUUCAGAGCAUCCAACCAGUGGGAGGCAGAAGGUGUGAGCCCUGAGGAUGAAGAUCCCCACAGGAGGGCCCUGGAGCUCUUCCCAGGUCAUGCAGACAACCACUAUGACCUCGAGGCAGAUGAGAUCCAGCUGGACCUUGAGGACUCGAAGCUGCACCCCUCUAUCCAGUGCACGCCUAGUCCCGGCCCCUUCAAGCCUUGUGACCACUUGUUUGAGAGCUGGAUCAUUCGCCUGGGCGUCUGGGUCAUCGUUCUGGUCUCAGUGCUCUGCAAUGGGCUGGUGGUCCUGGCUGUCUUUGCCUCUCCCAGCUACCUCUCUCCAGUUAAGUUUGUCAUCGGCUCCAUAGCUGGAGCCAACACGUUGAGUGGCAUUUCCUGCAGCAUGCUGGCUCUCGUUGAUGCCCUGACCUAUGGCCACUUCGCACAGUUUGGUGCCAGGUGGGAGAGUGGCACGGGCUGCAGGGUGACCGGCUUCCUGGCCGUGUUCGCCUCUGAAGCCGCCAUCUUUCUGCUGACAUUGGCUGCAGUGCAGUGCAGCAUUUCAGUCUCCUGCGCACGGGGCUGCAGGAAAGCCCCCUCCCUUGGCAAAGUGAAGGCUGCGGCACUCGGCUGCUUCUUGCUGUCCUCCAUGGCCGCGGUUUUGCCUCUGUUCUCCAUCGGGGAGUAUGGAUCAUCCCCGCUGUGCCUCCCAUACCCCAUCCCGGGUGGGAAACCCACCACCCUGGGCUUCACCGUGGCCUUGGCGAUGAUGAACGUGCUCUGCUUCCUGGUGGUCACGGUCACUUACAUCCGACUGUACUGCAGCCUGCUGAAGGGUGAGUGCAGCGCCGUCUGGGACUGUGCCAUGGUCAAGCACGUGGCCUGGCUGAUCUUCACCAACUGCCUCCUCUACUGCCCAGUGGCCUUCCUCACCUUCUCUUCCAUGCUCAACCUCUUCCUCAUCACCCCGGAGGUCAUAAAAUCUGUCCUCCUGCUGGUUCUGCCUCUGCCCGCCUGCCUGAACCCCAUACUCUACCUGCUCUUCAACCCCCACUGCAGGGAUGACCUCCGCCUGCUGCGGCAGAAGGGCCGGGACAGGGGCAGCUGCCCCCAGCCCUGCGGGCUCGAUGACACGGAAAAAAGCUCCUAUGACUCCACACAGGCUUUGGUCAGCUUCUCUGACAUCGACCACAUAUUCGAGACACCUGAAUCCCUGGGAGUGCACUCCAUCCUCGACAGCUACUGCUUCCCCUCCACGACGCUCCUGCCCUGCCAGCAAAGGAUGGGAACUGGGGGGAGGGAGCAGGGCUGCUCCGAGCACUGCCCCUGCCUCAGUGACAGCACGGUACUGACAGCUCCAGAGAGCGGUGAGCCGACUGCCCACAGCUCCCGGGCCGCCUCCUGCCCCCCCCCGCCCUACAUAUCUCACGUAUAGAGCUCGGAGCAGCCGUGCCCACAGCGUGGAGAGCCAGCCCGGGGCUGGACGGCCAGCAAGGUGCCAGCGGGCUGCUCCACCUCCAGCACCAGCACGACCCGUCUACCCUCACCCCCACACACACGCUGCCGGUUGCCAAGGUCCUGGAAGGACAUACUCUAGACUGGCCAUGGGAGGAGACCACAUUUCCCUGCUAGGAACUGCGUGGGAGGGAGCCCACCGGCGCAGGGAGACCCUCCUCCUCAUCGGCAGCAAAACCCAGCCCUAAGGACAGCUUGGUAGCACAAGGCAGUGCUCUGAAGCAGAGACACGUGGAAGCAGCCAGCUGCAAUAACAUGGUCACCCAUAGGUGGUGGUAUCCCCUGGUCCCUGCAGUUCCCUGCAAGUGGGCUUGUGUGCCCUUCCCAACACCUGCUGCAAAGGCAGUGCCCACUCCUUCAACCAAAACCUGGGGCUGGGAAUGUUACUGCUCUUUCAAUGGGUCUGACCCCCAAAACAGCCAAAUCCAAACACCUCCCCCAAGAAACCCAUGUGCUUUGCCUGUGGUCACCUGGCCAGGGUGCCCGGGGGGAACAUGGGCCUCCCCCCACCCACAGCGCUCUCCACCUUCCCACCUCCUGCCCAGAGCUGCCAGAUUCCAAUGGCAACAGUGGGGAUAGGGUCUGACUCAUCCCCUGCCCUCAAACUCACCAUGUAACAAGCUCUCACUUCAGGAGCACACGUCCCCCCCACAGAACAGCCCAUGCUGGGGCUGUGCUGUCCCCCCUCUUGUGAGGACAGCUCACGUAGAAGAGAACAGAAAUCAGUUUUGUGGGAUGGCAGUGUCAGGAGGACGCAGGCUACUACAAAUGGUCCCAACUUCUCUCCCCAUGGCUCAGGGAUCUCCCAGAUCCAUUCUCCCCAUCACAACACCCCCCACCCCCACUGGCCAGCACCCACGGUCAGACCCGGGCAAAGCUUUGGUCCUGCUGGUGUUACCACAGCUGUAUCAGCCAUCCAUCCCUGUAAGAUAAUAAAGGAGCCCCGCUGCUGACCAGUGGCUGCUUUCUGACCUCUUGCGUUGUGUCCUGUUGGUUUGCCCCGCCUCCCCGCUGGGGAAAAGUCUUUAUUGUGCGUUGUUAUUGUUUGUUCGGUUGUUUUUUGUUGUUUUUUUUUUUUCACCUGAUGCAUUUCUUUCCAAUUGAAUCCAUCCAUUAAAAUAACCGGAUCGUUUCCCUCUUCCCCUUCCUCCCCUUAUUCAUAUUUCGGUAGUUUUUUGGUAGGGUUGAAAUCUAAAAGCAAGAGAACAUCGUCCCCUUCUGGACGCAGCCAGGAACGGCAGCGAGGCAGGACGGGACUCAACCCAGCCCUCCCUGCCACCAGGCCGCAGCAUCCCCCAACGCCCAUUAAACGUAAAGGGAGAGCUGACCUGAUGUUGAGCUUCUGCAUAUGGGAAAAGGGGAUCCUUCGGGAUUUGACGAUAUUAUUGAAGACGCAGCCGCAAAUAUCUGUGUGAAUGUUUAUAACUUUGAUACCCAACAACUCGCACAUCGCUCUCGCACUAAGACCCGCAACUACCACAGAGGAAGCGGGAACGGGUUGAAGCGGAAAUGAGAGGCCGCC